AUGACGCGACGUAUUGUUCGCACGCUCACGCAGCUGGGCGCCGUUGCAUUCAUCACCACAAUCAUCAUCUUCUUCCUCGAUCGCAACUACAGAGUCCUCCCCAAUGCUCUCCACAACUACAUGCCCUCCCACCAUCCUGGCCUGGUAGUCACCGACAUUACCAUUGCGACCUGCUCCAGCCUCAAGCCCUUUUCCUCCUGCGAACUGAACCCCAACGAGUGGCACCGCAUCGAGAAGGAACUAUACCUGGGCAAGACGUGGACAUCGAGCGCAUACCUCCACGUCCGUCGCAAGCACGAAGAGGAGUUGACGGCUGAAGAUGAGGUUGUCGUCGGCGUCUCUGUCGGAUCGCUAAAUCCCGGAGACGUCUCUGACGGGAACGAGCACUGGGAACCCCGGCCGGGUGGCAUAUGGCUGAAGCGCUCUAGAAAUAAAAAGUCGAGCGACUCGGAUGCUGCUGUGACGGAUGUCGAUGUCAUCUUUGGCGACGACGCAACUGAGGCGCGCAACGGAUGGGGGAUUGUUGGACGACCUUUGCAUCUUGGCACUGGUGGGAAUCUCCUUAGCGCACAUCUGACUGUGCGGAGGGGACCUCCCCAUGAGGUGAAGAAGCCGAAGCCUAGAAUUCCCGACAAUGGACGGUUUAAAAUCAUGCAAGUGGGAGACUUGCACCUCAGCACCGGCGUUGGAGAGUGUCGAGAUGCUGUCCCAGAUGGCUACAAGGGGGGCAAAUGCGAGGCUGACCCCAGGACCCUCGAUUUCCUUACCAAGAUGCUUGACGAAGAGAAGCCUGACUUGGUCAUCUUGAGCGGCGACCAGGUUAAUGGAGAUACAGCCCCUGAUGCACCUUCGGCCAUAUAUAAAUACGCCUCUCUCCUGAUUGAGCGCAAAAUACCCUAUGCCGCCAUUUUCGGCAACCAUGACGACGAAAAGUCCAUGUCGCGCGAAGCCCAGAUGGCCUUGAUGGAGACGCUGCCAUACUCCCUAUCCCGAGCCGGGCCCGUCGACGUCGACGGCGUCGGCAACUACUACAUCGAAGUCUUGGCCCGUGGCCACAACGACCACUCCGCCUUGACCAUCUAUCUCCUCGACACACACUCUUAUUCCCCGGAUGAGCGUCACUACCCCGGCUAUGACUGGGUGAAGCCGAACCAGAUUGACUGGUUCAAGAAAACGAGCGCAAGUCUCAAAAAGAACCAUGAUGGAUAUACCCAUCGGCAUAUGGACAUUGCCUUUAUUCACAUUCCACUUACCGAGUAUGCGGAUUGGGAUAAGCCCCGUGUGGGAGAAUGGAAAGAAGGCGUCACUGCACCCGUCUUUAACACUGGAUUCCACGAUGCUCUCAUUGCCGAGGGCGUCGUCAUGGUCAGCGCCGGACACGACCACGUCAACGACUACUGCUCCCUCUCCUCCCACGGCGACGAGACCAAAUCCUUCCUCCCCGGCUGGGAAGAGAAACUGCCCCUCUUGUCGGAGAAGAAGCCCGACGACGUCCAAAAGGUGCCCGCCAUGUGGAUGUGCUACUCCGGCGGCAUCGGCUUCGGCGGAUACGCCGGCUACGACGGGUACGUCCGCCGCCUGCGCCUCUUCGAGGUCGACACCGAGGAGGCCCGCAUCACGACGUGGAAGAGGGUCGAGUACGGCGAUACCCAGGCGCGCAUUGAUCAGCAGAUUCUUGUGGAGGCUGGGAAGGCGUAUUUUGCGCCGCCGCCGCCACCGCCUCCGGAGGAGCAGCAGCAGCAGCAGCAGUGA